AGUGCAUCUCUCUCUUGUUUAAUAUCGGACAAGGCCUGUCUACAUUGCCAAGAGAAUUUUAAAACAUCAGCACCAUCAUCAUCAAUAACAACAACAUCAGCACUGAAGGAAAGAAGAAAUAACAGUUUUUCUCUUGUUGUCGACGUUUUAUAAUUUUCAUCAAAUUUUAGGCCAUUGUAUUGGAAGGAAAUUUGUUUUUUGUAGUAAUAGAUUUAACCAUCAUUUAUAUAAUAACAACAACAUUAUAGGAUCAAUUUAAAAUACUAGUAUUAAAAUGGUCAAUGUACAAAGUAAACCAAGUGUCGGAGAUGCUUUAAAAGAUACAAUGUUUGGCUUGGCCGAAUUAUUCCAAGCAGUAACUGGUAAAACAGACUUUUUUAAUAAGAGAAACUUAAAGUAUGCAUCAAUCUCUGGUGCUAUUUCUGUUGCUGGUCUUGUUGGUUUGGUUAAAUAUUGGAAAUUCAAGAAGGGUAUUUCCAAACAAAUCGACAAUCAAGAAGGAGGAAAGAAAAUCAAGGCAAAUAUUGAUAUGCAAUUUUUAGAAAGAUUGAAGCUUUUGAUUUCUAUCGUUGUUCCUUCUGUCAAAUCUAAAGAAUUUUUACAAUUGAUUGGUGUCACAAUCGUUGUCAUUAUGAGAACAUUUGUUAGUAACUGGUUGAGUAGUUUAUCAGGUGAAUUAUCAGGUGCUUUAAUGAACUUUGAUUUCAAAAGUUUCAUGUCAAUUCUUGGAUAUUCCACAUUACUCUCAUUUGCUUCGUCACUCUUGGCUCCAAGUUUGAAAUUCCUCAUCAACAAACUUCAAUUGGAAUGGAGAAUUUCCUUGACAAAAUAUAUUCAUGGCAAGUAUUUGCGUAAUAUGAUGUACUACAAGACUGCCAAUUUGAAUACUGGCCUCAAUGAUCCUGAUCAAACCAUUACACAAGAUGUUGACAGGUUCUGUGAUGGUAUUUGUAGCUUGUAUGCCAACUUGGUCAAACCAAUUGCUGACGUUAUUGUUUAUACUUAUCAAUUCGUUAAUAUUGUUGGUGUUGGAGGUCCUCUUGUUAUCUUGGGAUACAUGACCUUCUCAUUCAUUGCUAUGGCUAUUUUGAGACCUCCAUUUGGUACUCUUACUUCAAGAUUGCAAGAUCUUGAAAGUAAAUUCAGACAUACUCAUUAUAGAACUGCUACCAAUGGUGAAUCCAUUGCUUUCUAUGCUGGUGAUGCUUUGGAAAGAAAUGUUUCUGAUGAAGCUUUCUGGAAUUUGUUCAAUCACAAGAGAUUGCUCAUCAGAUCCAAGUGGUUGUUCGGUUUCUUCAAUGACUUCUUUGUAUUCAACUUACCUCAAGCUGUCAGUUGGCUCAUUGCCAUGUAUCCAGUUUUCUUUGGUAUGUUGAAGCAUUCUGACCAAACUGAAUUGGCCAGAGUUUUGAGAUAUUUGGCUGCUGUCGUUUCACACGAAUUUACAGCUGUUGGUGAAAUUAUUCACUUGCAUACUCGUUUAUCUGAAACAUCAGGUUAUGCUGCUAACAUUUGUCACCUCUUGGAAACCAUUGAUUCUAUUGAAAAGAUGGAUGCUGAAAAGAAGGCCAAACAUAUUGUUUCAGGAGAUAUUAUCAAAUUUGAAGAUGUACAUUUAUCAACACCAGACAAUCACACUCUCGUUAAAUCAUUGUCAUUUGAGGUUUUAAAGACUACCCCAGAAAAGAGAAACAAUCUCCUCAUUACUGGUCCUAAUGGUACUGGUAAAUCAUCAAUUUUCAGAGUUUUAGCUGGAUUGUGGUAUGCUGAUUCUGGUAAGAUUCAAAAACCUGGUGGUGCCAAUAAUACUUUAUGCUCUGAUAUUUACUAUAUUCCUCAAAAACCAUAUAACAUUUUUGGUACUCUCAGAGAACAAAUUAUUUACCCAGAAGGUGCUAAUAGCGAAAAAUCUAAGAAAUUCUCUAAUGAUGAACUUAAGGAAUUUUUAAGAAGAGUCAGAAUUGCCUAUAUUGCCGAAAGAGAAGGUUGGGAUCAAGAAAAGAAUUGGGAUGAUAUUCUUUCAUUGGGAGAACAACAAAGAUUGGCAGUUGCUAGAUUAUUGUACCAUAAGCCAGCUUACGCUAUUUUGGACGAAUGUACAAGUGCUGUCUCUCCUGACGUUGAAGCUCACCUUUACUCUGAAUGCCAAAAGGAAAAUAUUACCUGUGUUACUAUUUCUCUCCGUCCUGCCCUUAUUCCACUCCACGAUUGGGAAUUGUCUCUCGAUCUUGAAGAACCAGUUCUUCGUCCAAUUCAUCACUAAACAACCCUCAAAACUUCCUUUAAUUUAUAAAUCUCUAUUUAU